AUGAAAGAAAUAAAAAGCCUCUUUUUAGCUUUAUUAAAGAAAGAUAGUUCCAAAUCCAACCAAAGCCUCACCGAAGAAGAUACGAAAUCCACCAGCAAUCCUCUGACCAGCAUUUCCAGGACUUUUGACUCAGAAUUUGAGGACUCUUUCUUCGGUUCCAUAAGUGAAGGUAACGAGUCGAUUCUAGUCCAAAAAAUUCCAAGACGAAAUAUUCAGCCUGCCUCAGUUAUUCCGCUCUCCCAUUCUAACUCGAUGAAUGAGGCUCUUUGACAAGCAGCUCAGCAAAACAAGGCAGAACUAUGUAGAGAGUUAUUACAAAAAUCAUUUUACGGAGACGCAGUUGCUGACGUAAACUUCAAAGGAAAUAAUAACGACACCCCACUGCAUGUUGCAGCACAAGAAGGGUUCCUAAAAGUUUGUGAGACCUUGCUGGACUAUGGGGAAAAGGCCGAUAUUGAUGCUAAAAACUCCAAAGGGCGAACCGCGCUUCAUAUCGCAUGCAUGAAUGGGCAUUUGCAAUUAGCUCAACUACUGGUGAGGUCAGGAGCAGAAAUAGAUGUGACAGAUAAUGAUGGAAACACGCCUUUGCAUUUGGCUUCUCAAAACUCCCAUAAUGGGCUUAUUAUUUGGCUGUUAUCUAAGAAGCCAAGCAUAUUUAUUGAAAAUAAUCUAGAAAAAACAGCAGCUGAAGUAUCAGGAUCAGAGGAAACUGACAAGAUUUUUCAGAAAUAUAUCAAUAAGACUGGCUCUCAAGCGUUAUCCUCGUCAUCUGGAUCUCGAAUUGAAACACAAAGAGUUAGUAUAUUAUAUAUGUCUACAGCUGAUGAACCUCAAGCACCUGAACGGGUAAGUCCUUUUGACUUUGAGCUUCUCCAAGAACUCGGAAAAGGCAGUUUUGGAGAAGUUUACUUAGUUAGAAAAACAGCUACACAAAUACUUUAUGCUAUGAAAGUUUUGAGGAAAGAUAGGAUUAUGGCUCAAAAUUUAAUAAAAUACGCUUUGACUGAAAGAAAUGUAAUGAGCUACGUCAAGCAUCCUUUCAUUGUGUCACUCAACUACGCAUUUCAGACACCAGAAAAAUUAUUUUUGAUUCUAGAUUACUGUCCAGGAGGCGAUCUUGGGUCAAUGCUUACAAAAGAAAAAAGAUUUGCUGAAGAAAAAGCAAGGAUUUAUUUGUGUGAAGUCAUAUUGGCUUUAGAAGAGCUGCACAAAAAAGGAAUUAUUUUUAGAGACUUAAAGCCUGACAAUGUCGUUAUUGAUGAAGAAGGCCAUGCCUUGCUAACUGAUUUUGGGUUAUCCAAAGAAGGAGCUCAUGACAAUUAUACAACAAAAAGUUUCUGCGGAUCUCUUGCAUAUCUAGCACCAGAAGUUAUCAGGAGACAAGGGCAUGGGAAAUCAGUAGAUUGGUAUUUAUUAGGAGUUUUGCUGUAUGAGAUGCUUGUAGGAAUACCUCCUUAUUUUUCAGUGAACAGAGAAGAACUGAUAUCAAACAUCCAAAAAGGAAAAUUGAGGCUUCCUUCAAGCUUGAGUUUUGAGGCAAAAAGCUUGAUUAAACAGGUAAAUUCUAUUUAGUUGCUUCAUCGUGACCCAUGUGCCAGGCUUGGAGCUAAAAGAGAUUCUGAAGAAAUAAAAUGUCACGAAUUUUUUAGAGGAAUUGACUGGAACAGUGUUUUAAAUAGAGAGCUGAGACCAGCAGCUCCUAAUAGAAAAGUCAUUAAGCAAGAAAAUAUAGACCCGAUCAAAGUAUAUGGCGAUCUGAGUAUCCAAGAAAAAGGAAACGCAAUUUCAGGAUGGUCAUUUGUAUCCUGCUAGUGUGAAUAAUAUACAGUUAAUUAAGACAUUUAUUUUUAUCUACAACACAUUUCUAAUUAUAUUUAAUUAUUAAAAAGAGAGAAAUGCUGCUCAUGCAGCGAUAGAUAGAUUAAUUAAAAAGAUUUAA